AUGGAAUCACAGUUCGCUAAUGAUGCAAGAAUUUUUAUUUCCGAUCGUGUUCACUUGGAAACUAACAUCAAACUUAUUGGGAUUUUGCUUCUUUUUAUUGUGAACUAUUCAGAUCCCGAUAAUGAACUGAUUCAGUCUCUUCCUUCACUAAUCGCUGGUCUCGAAAGUUGCAAGAAAAUAAUAUCAAACCAGAGCUCGACUUCGGAAAGUAAAUCAAAUGCUUGGUCUAAAGUUUCAAAAACAGUAGAAAUGAUUGCAAAUUUUGCGAAAAAUGAAAUUUCGCGCGAUCCACUUGGAGCCUCUGGUGCUGUAGAAUUAAUAGUUCAAUUUAUGCAACUUAAUGACUCCCAAUCAUAUCAUUCGAUUGAUUAUCAAUGCCUUCGAGCUCUCGCAAAUUUUUGUAUUAACAGCGAUGUAAAUCGUCAAAGAAUUCUAGAUUCAGGUGGUAUAAAUGCUGUUCUCGUAUGUUUGAGAAAGCAGGAAAAUCUAGAUAAUAUCCGUGCUGCUUGUGCUGUAUUAUUAAAUGCUGGUCUUCAAUAUGAUCAGGUUAAUUCUGAGAUUAUAAAAUUAGAUGGGAUUAUCGCGCUUUCCAAUCUUUUUGAGCCGGAAAAUAUUUUGAAAAAGUAUGUUGAAAGUAUUGACAUAGCACGAACGACGGUUUAUUUUGCCACGAGGGUAUUGUCAAAUUUAAUAGGAACCGAUGAAGGCAAAUCGAAAUGUGCAACUACUGAAGUGAUUGCUGCGUUAACGCAUCUGCUUUCUUAUGCAUCUUCAGAUAAAGCAAUAAGUGAAGAUGUAGACAUUAUUGAGAAUGUGGUAGAAAUUUUGGAAAACAUUGCUAUAGACAGCGAUGAAGUGCAGCAAAUUCUAGUCAAAGAUAAAUUAUUUUGUAGUUUAUUGGACUUUUUAGAACAUUCAAAACCUCCAGAAGGGUGUGAUCAACGAAUUGAUAAGAUUUAUGGUGAAUCUAAAGCUGCCGUGUUGAAAGUAAUUGUUUCGACUACAAUGAGUGAUAAAAACAUGGACCCUUUGUUUGAUGAUACAACUAUAUUGAAUCGCUUACUUAAUUGGCUAGAAUUGGGACCAGAACGUGAUGACCUACAGAUGUGUGCAGCAUUGUCUUUGGGUAAUCUCGCUAGAAGUGAGCCCCUUACUAAUGCCCUGAAAACUUCGAGCAAUGUCAAAGUACAACAUGCUGCUAUUAGCGCAUUGAAGAACUUAUCAAUCGCAGCUGGAAACAAAGAUAUUAUUGGAUCAUCCGGAAUUAUUGGAGCUGCAUCGCCGUUACUCGAAAAGGAUACUGUUCAGCCUCUCCAAUUUGCUGUGGUUGGAAUUUUUAAACAUCUUUCAUCUCAAAAUGUUAAAAAUUCCCUGAAAAUUAUUCUUGGAGAAAAUGAAAAUGAUGUAGAAAAACCACUUACGCGUCUAUUGAAUUUAGUUAAGCGUACUGAUGACUUACCCAUUCGCAGCGAAGGAACGCGAAUACUUGUUAAUCUUGUUAAGAAUAUGUGGGUUGAAAAUCCUCAUACCGUAUUAGAAGGAACACCAGUGUCUUCAUUGCGUUCAGAAUUGAAUAGACAAGAAGUUGUUCAACCUCUUGCUAACAUGAUUAUAGAGUCUAAAUACCCAAUCCUUCAAAAUGAAGGUAUAAUUGCUUUAACAUUGCUACUGAUGGAUGAUUCGGCUGGAGCUGGAGAUUCUAAUCCUGCCUUAAAUGUAUUGACAUCAAAAAACGAAUGUAAAGAAAUAGAUGACAAUACUACAUCACAAUCAAUAACUCAUUCAGUGGUUAAUGAUGAAAUGAUUCCUUCAAACUCAUCAACAGCAGCAACACAACAAGAACAUUCUUUAAUAUCGCCCUUACUUAAAACAUUAUUUGAUAUGAUAUUGAGUGAACGGGAUAAAUAUGCUGAUGAAAUUAAAUGCAAUGUAUGCUUGUUACUUGAGAAAUCAGUGAAGGCUUCAUGUGGAGCUCGAUUAUAA